UUUUCUCAAGUUUCAAGUCACACACAAAAACUACAGCCAGGGAUAGUAAGAACAGAGACACAAACUAGAGAAGAGAGUAACCGCGAAUGCAAGGAGAAUUGGAAUUACCACCCGGGUUUAGAUUCCACCCCACCGACGAUGAACUCGUGAAUCACUACUUGUGUAGAAAGUGUGCUGCUCAGUCCAUUGCCGCUCCCAUCAUCAAAGAAAUCGAUUUGUAUAAGUUUGAUCCAUGGCAGCUUCCAGACAUGGCUCUUUACGGUGAGAAAGAGUGGUACUUUUUCUCCCCUCGUGACCGAAAAUACCCAAACGGUUCACGACCGAACCGGGCUGCUGGAACCGGGUACUGGAAGGCCACCGGAGCGGAUAAACCUAUUGGAAAACCGGAAGCCCGUGGAAUUAAGAAAGCCCUUGUGUUCUACGCGGGGAAAGCUCCGAAAGGGGUUAAGACAAAUUGGAUCAUGCACGAAUAUCGCUUAGCCAACGUCGAUAGAUCUGCCUCCAAGAAAAACAACAAUUUGAGGCUUGAUGAUUGGGUGUUAUGUCGAAUUUACAACAAGAAAGGGAAGAUUGAGAAGUACAAUAAUGUCGACGAGGUUGUGGAACAGAAACCGGCGAAAUUACCGGAGGAGAUUCUGUUCCAGCACGAGAUGAAGCCUGAGAUCCAGAUGUACGGCCACGAUCAUUUCAGGAAUAACCAAUUGUACAUGGACACGUCGGAUUCCGUGCCGAGGUUAAACACGGACUCUAGCUGCUCCGAGCACGUGGUUUCGCCGGACGGCACCUGCGAGAAGGAGGUGCAGAGCGAGCCCAAGUGGAACGACCUGGAGUUGGGCCCGGACCUGGUUUCGGGCUACGAUUUUAAUUUCAUAGAGCUAUCAGCAGAUGACGCUUUUGCCCCUCAGGCCCAGUUCCAAAUGAACCAGCCCUCGACGUGGCAAGAUAUGUUCGCGUACCUUCCGAAGACAUUUUAAUUUUUUAGGGUGGACCCAAAUCAGGAAACAAGCGUCUCACAUUUAUUUAUAAAAUUCGUUCAAAGCCGAAAGAAAAAAAAAAAAAAAACCAUUAAAUCGUGCGGCACUAACCACCACACGUGCUGUUGAGUUUAACUGGUAUUGGUUCCUAAGGAAAAAUGAGAGAUCAGGUAUACUGUAACUAAAUAAUACCAAGAAAAUUGAUCUCCACUGGGUGAAGAAUGAAGAUCCGUUAGUUAUGUUAGGAAUUGUGUUAGAAAAUUGUAGUUCCAAUGCUAUUGCAUUUGGAUUCUUUUAAUAUUAUAUUAUAUUUUUUUAAUUUUUCA